GCGUCCUUCACUGCGUCCUUCUGAGUUCAAUAGCUGAAGCCGAGGUUACAUAUCGAGAAGCUUAGAAGACGCGGACAGCAAAGAUGGACAAACUAGGAGAUAUUCACGCUGCUCUUGAGCGCAUAGCUCUUGACCCCAAGUAUCAUGACAUUCUCAGUCUUGUGAAAGGCAUGCGUAAUGGCAUCGUGUAUGGUAGUAAGAUUCGGUUUCCGCAUGCAUUGGUUAUGAUUCUUCUCUUCCGAUCCGGUACCUUGCGUCAGAAGAUAUGGCUCGUCCUCAAAGCAACACGUCAACAUGCCAUGAAUCUCGGCACAUUCGCUGUGGUUUAUAAGUCUACUAUGCUCGCUUUGAAACAAUUACCAACGGGGAAACCAUGGACCGAGCCGCCGAGCAAAGAGGGCCCUUACGAUUCGUUCGUCGCGGGAUUGCUUGGCGGUUAUGUUGUAUUCGGGCGUUCGAACAGCUCUGUGAACCAGCAGAUUGUUAUCUACGUGUUCGCGCGUGUGAUGCUUGCCUUGGCAAAAUUAUUGGUAAAGCCAGUAGGAGAAGGAAAGGGCGGCGGUGGUAUGGGUUUGGUCAACAGUCAGGCUAUAAGAGAUAUAUUGCAGCGAAACGCAUGGCCCGCUUUUGCCAGUCUAAGUUGGGCCAGUGUUAUGUUUCUUUUCCGAUGGCAUCCAGACAUCAUUCAGAGUAGCUUGAGGAGCAGCAUGAGCUAUAUUUAUGUUCAGUCCGAUGAUUGGGAUUCCUUAAGGACGUUAUUAUGGCACAAUAAAUAAGCACCGCGUGGAGGACUAUAGUCAUCCGUAGUCCAAGGGCAAUGGCAGGGUACCAUUGGCAGUUGAGCAUAAUCCGGCGUAAUACUAGCACCUUUCGCGUUGGU